AUGUCAUUACCGGGUUCCUCACAGGGCCAGGCCUGGAGCUUGGAGCCCCCCGUUUCUGUGGCCCCUUGCUCAUCACCGGGGUCUCUGGAGUUGGAGGGUGCAGAUGGCCCAGUGCUUCCCUUAGACAAAGUGAAGCGGCCCAUGAACGCCUUCAUGGUGUGGAGCUCCGCACAGCGGCGCCAGAUGGCGCAGCAGAACCCAACGAUGCACAAUUCCGAGAUCUCUAAGCGCCUGGGUGCUCAGUGGAAGCUGCUGGGCGAGGAUGAGAAGCGGCCGUUUGUGGAAGAGGCUAAACGGCUCCGGGCCCGGCACCUGCGCGACUACCCCGACUAUAAGUACCAGCCCCGGCGCAAGACCAAGGGCCCAGGCCCCGCACACCCGCACCUCGGCCAGGGAAGGAGCAGCGUGGCUGGCAGACAGCACACCUGGCAGCCAGGCUGUGCGACCACGCACGGGACCAGAAGCUUUGGUUACCAGCCCCCAGGUUAUUCAACAGUCUACAUGCCUGGCAGCUACUGGGGAGUACCUAGGGAUGCAGGCUCUUCUCACUGCAAACCUGAGGCCCCCUCUUCAUGCUCCCUCCCUGGCUCAAUGCUCCAGGGUGAGCCACUCAUGCCCUACAGAUCCCACAGACCCGCAGGCUCUCCCACUGUCUACAGCCCGCUGGUCUCAAGGUCCCUGGUGCCCCUAACCCACCUCCAGCCCCUGUAG